UCUUGCUGCGGUCGACACCUGCUAAAUUACUCAGCGACAAUGGUGAACCUGAAUAUGGAAAUAAGGAUUGCGUACGUACCUUCAAUGUCUUCAGGUUAACGCAUUGACACUCCUUCUAGCGUGAUGGGUGCAACUGGGAGUGGUAAAUCCACGUUUAUCAAUAAGGCUAGCGGAUCGGACCUUCCCGUUGGUGAUGGCCUCGAGAGUUGCACCAGCGAGGUGCGAACUUCACGACCGUUCGUCGUCGGCGGAAGUGUCGUGACCCUGAUCGAUACGCCUGGGUUUGAUGAUACAUCCCGCACUGAUACGGACAUCUUGUCCAUGAUCGCCGCAUAUCUCUCCAAGACGUAUGAGCACGGUGCCAGGCUCGCAGGCGUUAUAUAUAUGCACCGCAUUUCCGACUUCAAGAUGGGCGGGACGUCUAAGCGUAACUUUAAGAUCUUCCGCGAGCUCUGCGGAGAGAGCUCCCUCAAAAACGUUCUCAUCGUCACCAACAUGUGGUCCGAGGUGAAACGCGAGAUCGGCGAGGCCAGAGAGUCCGAGCUUGCGAGCAAGGACAAAUUCUUUAAGCCUGUGCUCGAGAAGGGAGCUCGAUUGCUCCGUCACGAGGGGUCCCUCGAGUCCGCACAUACCAUCCUCCGUUAUCUGAUCAACAGCCAACCGGCUACGCUCCGCAUUCAACAAGAACUCGUCGACGAGCGUAAGUCCAUCGAGAAAACUGCUGCGGGCUCUGAGCUCAGACGCGCCCUCGACGAACAAGCGGAAAACCACAAAGAGGAGAUCCGUAAUCUCCGAGUGGAGAUGGAAGCCGCCAUGCGCGCCAAAGACGAUGAGACGAGGGGCGAACUUCAAGAAGAGCUCGAGAAGAAGAAGCAGGAAUGUUUGCGCAUCGAGCAAACGGCUCAGCGCAUGGCAGCUGAAUUCGCUGCCGAACGCGCACGCCUUGAGGCUCGAAUCCUGCAGAUGGAAGGCGAGCACCAGCAGCAACUCCAGACGCUGGAGAACCUUCAAGAUGAGGUAGCCGCCAAACUACGCGAGGAAGAAACUCGCAGACAACAGCUUCAAGACGAGCUCCUAUAUGCUCGGCAAGAGAUAGAGGAGGCUGCAAGAUCUGAAGAGAGACGCAAGCAGGAGGAGGCAGCCGCCGCCAAGACAGCCGAAGAAGAGGCCAAUUCACGUCUCGCGGAACAACAAAAGUUGGCGAAGCAGCGCGAGGAGGAGCAAUGGAAGGCAACGGAGCAAGAGGUCGCACGAGCACGCAAAGAAUUGGAGGAGGCGCAGGCACACGAGGGAGAACAACGGAAGGCAGCAGAGCAAGAAGUCGCACGAGCACGCGAAGAACUGAAGGAGGCGCAUGCAAGGGCGGAACGCGAAGCCGCUGCUGCGAAGGAGGUACAUGAAUUAGAGCGCGCAAGACUCCUUGAAGAACUGAAGAAACGGGAAGAGGAGAACCGAAGGCGGAUGGAGGAAGAACUCGCUCAGCUGAAACAGCUCGUCGCUCAAUCGGAAGAGCAGAGCGCAAAUUUGAGGAAGAAUUGAUGAAGGCGCGAGCUCAGGCGGCGAAGACUGACGAUGAGGAGCGAAGCUCGCUGGAACGCGUCUCGCCCAAGCCAGAUGUUCUAUUGCCAACUUUGCCAUUCGUAGUAUGGAAGGCAGCCGUGAGGUGGUGGGGACUGACAAGGAAGUGAGUCUCGAUCACGUCAUCCUGGACUCUGCGAUUAAUCAGGUACUGCUCCAUUAAC